AUGAUACGUUCAGCAACAAAGGCUUUGAGACUUUUCCCUUCAUCGACUACUGCAAAAAGAUACUUCUCAUCAUCACGUGCCUCCUUCUUGCAAUACAAGCACGUAGAUACGGAAUAUAACAAUGCUAAUACACCAUUCGACUUUACUCCAGAGUCGUAUGAGGAAAUUAAAAAGAUCCUUGCCAAAUAUCCAGCAAAACAUAAGCAAUCUGGAAUUUUACCUUUGCUUCACUUGGCUCAACGUCAAAACAAGGGAUGGAUCCCAUUGGCUGCAAUCAACAAAAUUGCUGAAAUUUGUGAAGUCAGUCCAAAGAAUGUUUUUGAGUGUGUAUCCUUCUAUACCAUGUAUAACACAUCUCCAGUCGGAAGAUAUCAAAUUCAAGUCUGUGUUACAACUCCAUGUAUGAUAACUGGAUCUGAUGAUAUUUUGGCUGCUCUUGAAGACCACUUAGGAAUUAAGUUGGGUGAAACUACACCUGAUAAAAUGUUUACAUUGAGUGAAAUGGAAUGUAUGGGUUGUUGCACUAAUGCACCAAUGAUUGCAAUUUCUGACUAUUCAUCUCCCGAGACAUUCAAGUAUGACUAUUUUGAAGAUUUGACUGUUCAACGUGCUAUUGAAAUUGUUGAAAUGUUAAAGAGAGGCGAAUAUCCAAAAGUAGGUCCUCAAAAUGGACGUAGAUAUGCUGAUCCUCUUGGGGGUCAAAAGACAUUGCUUUUUGAAGAUGGAGAUCUUCCAAAGCCUUAUUGCAGAAAUUUGGAUGAACAACCACCACAACAACAAGCCACUCCUCAACAAAAGUAA